GUUCUUGUUAAGAAGUCUUCCUUUUCAUGGUCACGCUCAUAAGUCCGCUGCUUGCAACACGGGCCAUGUCUGCAGCGCUUAUCGGAAGAAUGUUGAAGGCCGGAAUAACGCUAGCUGCCUUCGCGCUCCUUGCACCAAUGUCUUUGUGCGUGCAAUUGGAUGACUCUCCAUUCACGCUCUACAACAAAGCUUCGAGCUCGUGCCUACUGAAAAAGUCGUCCCGCUGCCAAGAGGUGCGCUGGACGAGCGGCAACCGCAUUUUUGUCACCUCCACCAAAAAGUGCCUGGGGUCGCAAGGCAAAAGCGUGGGCAGCGAGGUCAACGUGUACGACUGCGACGAAAGGAGCGAUCUGCAGAAAUGGGAGUGCGUGAACGGGACGCUGCUGGCGCUGAAAGACCAGAAGCCGGCGCUCUACAUUGAGCUCAAGUCAGAUGGAGGCAUCGCGCUUUCCAGGACGACAGGGCCUGGCAACAGCUUCACCAUCACGGGAACGGCCAACGGCGCCUGCUCGAGAACUCACAGAGUGUUGUACUCCAUCGACGGCAACGCGUACGGAAAGCCAUGCAUGUUCCCCUUCCUGUAUAAAGAUCGGUGGUUUGGCGACUGCACGGCAUAUGACUCCUCAAUUAAGCGCCCCUGGUGCGCCAUCGGCACCAAAUACGAACACGAGCAGUGGGGAUACUGCCCGACGACGUCUACGGAACACUGGAAGAAGAAUCACAUCACAGGAGCUUACUACCAGCUCAACGCUCAGGCAGUUCUGAGCUGGGCGCAGGCUGACGAGAGCUGUAAACAGCAGGGGGCCACCCUGGUCAGCAUUACCGAUCCCAACGAGCAAGCCUUUAUCUCAGCGCUCUUAGGAAAUGUGAAAAAUAAGCUUUGGAUCGGGCUGGUCUUGAAUCCCGAUCACGGCUGGCAGUGGACGGAUUACAAGCCCAUGCGAUUCCUGAGAUGGUCUAGCGGAUUCCCGCUUCCUUAUCCGGGUCACAACUGCGCGCUUCUGGACUCGGCUGGGCAGCACAGGUGGGAAUCGUUUCCCUGCUCGAAGAAGAUCGGCUACAUCUGCUACAAACCCGGAGCCCCGCCUCUUCCUCCGCAGGCUGAGCAAGGAUUCUGUUCAAGCCCUUGGAUCCCGUACAACGGCCACUGCUUCCACCUCGUUCGGACCCCGAAAACUUGGUCCGACGCGCAGAAGGAGUGUCGCAAGGAGGAGGGGGAGCUUGUGAGCAUGCGCAACCUAGAGGACCACAGCUUCGUUAUCUCUCAACUGGGAUACGCCUCCACCGAUGAGCUCUGGAUCGGCCUGAACGACAGGAGGACCGAGGGUCUGUUCGAGUGGAGCGACGCGGCCGAUGUCUACUUCACUAGCUGGGAGUAUGGAGAACCAACCCUCGUGACGGAUGACGAGGACUGCGUUCUCAUUCGGGGCGAGAAUGGCAACUGGGCCGACCGCUCCUGUGAUGAGAAACAUGGCUUCGUUUGCAUGAAGCAGAGCAGCACACACCACCAGCCAGAUGAAGUUCCGAUCGAUAUUGGUUGCAAAGCCGGUUGGAAACGACACGGCUCCUAUUGCUACUUUGUUGGGACGGAGACCAAAACAUUUGACGAAGCCAAGAGUGACUGCAAGGCAACAAACUCCUACUUGGCUGAUGUGUCAAACGGGGUGGACAACGCCUUUUUAAUCAGCUUGGUGGGGGCAAGGCCUGAGAAAUACUUCUGGCUGGGCCUCUCAAACCAGAAGAACAAUGAUGAAUUUGUGUGGACCAACGACAACGCGGUCAGUUUUACGCACUGGAAUAAUGAGAUGCCAGGUAGUAGACAAGGCUGCGUGGCCAUGACAACUGGUAUUUUUGCCGGCCUGUGGGAUCUGCUGCCCUGCGACAAUAAGGAGAAAUACAUCUGCAAGCAUCUUGCCGAAGGGGCGGUUUUGACGCCACCCCCGCCGACCAUCAGCCCCCCGCAGUGUGCAGAGGGCUGGAUACGAGUAGGAACAAGGAACGUCUGCUCGAAGUUCUUCACAGGUCCUCGUUCGUUUGAGAAGACCUGGUUUGAGGCCAGAGAUUUCUGUCUGGCCAUUGGAGGGGAUCUCCUCAGCAUCCACAGCACUUCUGAGCUGUUUGUGGCACGCCACGGAAAGGCCUGGAUUGGACUUCAUAUUGCUGACCCGAGCACAGGUUACGUCUGGAGCGAUGGAUCCCCAGUAAACUUCCUACAUUGGCAGGAGGGCGAGCCAAAUAAUUUCCAAAAUUCGGAAUCUUGUGCCGAGUUCCGCAUGUAUCGAGCCGACGACGCGGGCUCGUGGAAUGACGUCCACUGCGAGAGCUACAACGACUGGCUUUGUGAGAUCCGCGCGGGAGUGACUCCAAAGCCACCCCCGAACGACACCGCUGUUGAGUUUAACACGACCUCGGACGGUUGGCUCGAGUGGCGAGGGAGUCAGUACCUCAUCCACAGAGUGUCAAUGGCCAUGGAAGACGCUCGCCAUUACUGCAAGCAGCACCACGGCGACUUGGUGACAAUCAACAGCGAAGCGGAAAACAUUUUCCUCUGGAAACAGAUUUCCAGAACCUACGGGACCUACUACAUUGGCUUAUCCGUGGACCUCGAUGGCUCAUUUUGGUGGAUGGAUGGUACUUCGGCGGGGUUCCAAAGAUGGGACGAGAACCAACCUAAUCAGAAUAGCUACGAUGAGAACUGCGUCGCUAUGUCCUACUUUAUGGGCUUGUGGCGCGGCUUCAACUGUGGCGAAGAGCAUCAUUUCAUUUGCAAACGCGGCACGACGGCGCCCGUCAACACCACCGCCGCCCCCACGGUUGCACCCAAAGGUGGCUGUCCACCCAAGUGGACCAAAUUUGACUCCAGGUGCUACACCAUCAACAGUAAUCGCAAGACCACCUGGGAAGAAGCAAGGAAACAUUGCUACUCCAUGGGCGGGAAUUUAGCCUCCAUACCCACGAGGCGGGUGCAAGCGUAUUUGGUCACCAAAAUGGCCGAAGCGGCAGCAGACCUGUGGAUCGGCCUGAACAGUUUAAAGCAAGAUGCCUUUUUUUGGAGCGACGGAAAGCCAAGGCGAUACACCAACUGGGGCUACUCAAUACAUCGACGUCGUCCGGGGACUUUUUACCAAAGAUGGAAUGAGGAAAGUUGCGUGAUCAUGACCAACAACCCCACUAAUGGAAUUGGCAAAUGGUUGAUCAAGUCCUGCAAUGACACCAACGGAUUCAUCUGUACCAAAAGUCUUGACCCGGGUCGCCCAUCCCAAUCCGAACCGGCUGUUCCCAACAUCUUUGUAUCCCUGGGAAAUGACAGCAUCUUGGCCGUGCCUUUCAAUAUGACGUGGGACGGCGCCAAGAGGCACUGCGAGGGCCACAAAGCCACCCUGGCCAGUCUAAGAAACGAGUGGACGCUGGCCUACGUGGAGCUGUUGGCCUUGAAUCUCAACUCCCCUCUGUGGAUCGGAUUGAACAAAGAGAAGACCGGCGGUUAUUUUCGAUACAUCGACGGCUGGCACAUGAAUUUUGUCAACUGGGCUGAAGGGGAACCCAGCCAGGACCGGCCCUGCGUAUACUUGGACGUGGAUGGCAAAUUCAAAACGGCCACCUGCAAUCGCACCGCGUACACCGUCUGCAUGCAGUCGACAGAUGUGCCUCCUACGCAGUCAACCAACUACCCGGGAGUUUGCCCCGACGACACAAUGGCCGACUACAGCCAGAGUUUCACGUGGCUGCCAUAUAAGAGUCACUGUUACAUGUUUGUCACCGAUGAAAUCGAGUGGCCGGAUGCAGCCACAAGCUGCGCGAGACACGGAGGCUAUUUGGCCAGCAUCGAAGAUCCUGAGGAGCAAGCGUUCCUUCAAAGCAACGUGGAGGUGUUCCAGGACAGCCACAGCUCCUUCUGGAUCGGCCUGUACAAAACGCACAAAGGCACGUGGCUGUGGUUGGAUAAAACAGUAUUGGACUACACAAACUGGGGCGCAGACGCCGCGGAGAGGGACUACGGAGAGAUGCGAACCUCAGAUGGGGAGUGGUCGUCCGGCUUGAAAUGGAAUGACCGAGCGUACAUCUGCGAAACAGCCAAAGUGAUGCCCAGAGAUAAGGACCCCGAAUCACAGGCCCAGGGAGGCGGAGAUGGCGGCUCGCGCGGGCACACCAGCCUGAUCGUGGUGCUGAUCGUCACCAUCACGUCCGCGCUGGCCGUCGUCGCCUUCUUCCUCUACAAGAAGUCGCCGCGCUCGCUGCCCACCUUCGACAACCCGCUGUACUUCGGGCGCGAGCGGACGCAGCCCGACGUGGUGGACACCAACAAACUGAUGGAGAAGGCCGAGGAGGAGAUCCCCGAGCCCAUUAUCGCCCUGUGAUCCGCGUCGGCUGCCGGGAACGUGCUCAUCUCAGGCAAAUGUAUCACACUGGCACGCUCCAUGUAUUUGCGCUCGACUGUAUAUGGUAUGUAUUCAGUUAUUUAAUAA